AUGGCGAGCGACGAGAAACCAUACGCGGCACUGCAAAGAUUCUGGGAUUUGUACGUCCUUAAACCACUGGCAAGCGUUCCCCAGCCAACCAAAGUACCUCAGACAUCAAUUUCUCGACUAGAAUUGAGCUCUGGGCCUCUACUUCGACCGAGCUCAUCGUACGGUGAAGAACCAACAACCGUUCUCUACCUAGCUUAUGGCUCCAACCUGUCUGCCGAGACGUUCAAGGGCAAGCGCGGCAUCAAACCCUUAAGCGCCGUCAACGUUCAUAUUCCCGCAAUCGACCUCACGUUCGAUUUAGCUGGAAUACCUUACACAGAGCCUUGUUUCGCAAAUUGCCAAUUCAAGGGGAAUCAGUCGGAUCCACCCCGAUCGAAAGACUACCACAAAACGAGAUGGCAUAAGGGAUUGAUAGGCGUAGUCUACGAAGUAACUCUCGAUGACUACAGAACUAUAGUUGCUACGGAAGGAGGCGGUGCUUCAUAUAAAGAUGAACUCGUUCAAUGCUUCGUUCUUCCGGACGGUAGCAAGAUUGUGGACCCGAAUCCCAGCGGCACACCAUUCCAAGCACAUACUUUGCUCUGUCCGUUCAACGACAAAGAUCCAAGUCGAGUUACUCGUCCAGAUCCCAAUUAUGCGCAACCAUCUGCGCGCUACCUCAAAUUAAUAACGGAUGGAGCUGAGGAGCAUAAUCUGCCAGAGGAAUAUAUAGACUAUUUGCGUGGUAUUAGAUCGUAUACUGCUACGACCCCGAGACAAAAGAUGGCCCGGAUAUUUUUAAUGGCAGCUUUACUCCCCAUGAUUAUGGGGGUGUUUGGACUGGGAAAACUUUUUGCAGAUAAGAAUGGGAAGAUCCCGGAUUGGCUAGCUCACAUAAUGGGGGCAUUGUUUAGGUAUGUCUGGGCUGCAUAUGAUGGGGGUUUGAAGGAUGUAUUUGGGGAUGGGGAGAGGACAAUGGAGGGGGAUGGAGAUGGUGAGCUUGGGGAAACGGAUUUAGACAGGAGGUGGGAUGAGAAGAAGAUGUCUCACUCCAGUAAGAUAUGA